ACAGGGAGCGCGCCCCGCCGGAGGUCUCCUAGGAGCAGCGGGGAGCGCCCACGUGGGGCGCCUCCUAGGGGCGUCCCGGCCAAGGGAGGGCGCUCACGGCAGGCCCGUCUCAUUUGGCUGGGGACGUGCCGGGAGUGCCCGGCCCUCGCCGCGGGACCAGAGGGCGCGCAACUGGAGGCGCCUCCUGGGGCGCAGGGAGCUCCCGUCGCGGGCACCUCCUCCUGCUCCUGGCCGGCCGGAGCUGGGCAGCGCCCCCGGCGAUGUUCACCCGGGCUGUGAGCAGGCUCAGCAGGAAGCGGCCGCCGUCAGAGAUUAAUGACAGUGAUGGCAAACCAGGCGGCAGCAGCCAACAAACCCUAAAAGGAACCUCAAGAUGGACUACGUCACUAGAGAACCUCCUAGAAGAUCCAGAAGGAGUGAAACGAUUUAGGGAAUUUUUAAAGAAAGAAUUUAGUGAAGAAAAUGUUUUGUUCUGGUUAGCAUGUGAAGAAUUUAAGAAAACGCAAGACAAGAAACAGAUGCAAGAAAAAGCUAAAGAAAUUUACAUGACUUUCCUGUCCAGUAAAGCUUCCUGCCAAGUCAAUGUUGAAGGGCAAUCCCGUCUGAAUGAGACAAUAUUGGAAGAACCUCACCCACUAAUGUUUCAAAAGCUGCAGGACCAGAUAUUCAAUCUCAUGAAGUAUGACAGCUACAGCCGUUUCUUAAAGUCAGACAUAUUUUUAAAACAUAAGAGGGCCGAGGAACAAGAAGAGAAUUCAUCGGAAGCUCAAUCUGUAGCUAAAAGAGCUUCAAGGAUUUACAACACAUGAUCCAAAGAAACCCAUUCAGACAAGCAACAAAAAAUAACCUAUCUCUCAGGAACAGUCUUUGGGUCUAUAACUGUUGCAUUUAAUGCUUGAAAAGCACAAAAUCCUUUUAGGGGAUAUUUACCUUCUUAAUUGCUUGAACAACUAAUUGUUUUUGCAUGAUGGCCAAUACCAAACACUCUUGAAAAGACCAUUUCCUAGGCUAAAAUGCUGAGGUAUCCAUAUGUGGCAUGAAUUACAUCCCAUAUUUCACAAAUUAAAAUGUUUUCCAAUCACUGUAUUUGUGAGGCAUCACAUACAUGAGAAAUGGAAGAUAGAGUUGCUUUGCCUUCUGUUUUUAGCUAUCCUGUAUGUACGUUUGUGAAUUGUUGUGAGCCAGUGCAGAGUAGCAUUUCUGAAACUGUGGAUGAGUCAUACAUUGAUUACCAUUAGGGGGCAGUAUCAUGUUGGGUUAAUCCUAAUAAAACCCAGUUGCAGUCCUGCCAAACCUAAAUCUCGUCUUUGAAACUAAUCUGUCUGUGAGACUUUGAAAGGCAAUUUCAAUUUUGACUUUGAGAAGUGUGGGUUUGCCUUUAUUUGAAGCAGAAGGCUGGGGUUUUUUUAGUCAGAAUUUUCAUUACUGUAUUUCUUUGAUUUCACGAUGUUUCCCACAACAGCCAGUCAGCUUCUUCAGAUGACAGAGGCUAAUCACCAACUUUGACAGAAACAACAUGUCAACUUUAAAAACACAAUAAAACCUCUUGUGUUUUCAUAACACCUAAACUAUAAUGGAACAAAAGCACCAAAAUAGGAAGGAUCCCUUCAAAGCACUCAAAAAGCCAUAGGAGAACUGAUACCUGUUGCCCACUUCUGGGCAUCACAUCUUCAGGUGGGCUCAGCACUUCAGCCAGGUAGCACACUUAUUCUGAAGUCACAUGCAAGUACUAGUAAGCAUAAGGUCUUUCCCAGUCUUCCUGAGGAAUUGUGCCCUGGCUGCCAGGAAUCCUUCUGGAGAGGCACAAAACAAGAGUUUUCAUUUUCAGUCUGGCUUUGCUAAAAUCACUUGGUCACAUACUACCUGAUUUUGUUUUCCCCCAAGAAGUGUUUCAGGAUUUCCUAUGCACAGAUGUUGGAAAAUCCAACAGAACUGUGAAUUCGCAUUGUGAUUUUAGCAAUUCCCACUCCAUGCUUGAAAUGAAGGGCAGUAUAUAUCUGCCCUGAGAAGAUCAAUGUGCAGUGAUGAAAUGUUAGGAUAAUAAAGGAACAUGCUGGUGGAAAUCUCCACCAAAGAGUUCUCUUUGUCUGUCUGGAACAGUUUUGGAACUGAAAAGCAUUUUUGGCAUAAAUGUUUAAUGUGUUUAUAUUUUUUGAAUUCAUUAAUUCAAUGCCAAACUAUGGUACUAAAUUGCUGUUUAGAAUUGGGAGAACAUAUUGGCUGGCAUGUUUUAUUUACAAGCUUCACCAUGUGUCGUCUAGCUCUGACUCACAUUCACUCACUAUUUACUUUUUUUUUCGUGUUAGUGCAGGCUUUUCUUGAGCUUGUAUUUAUGGGCUGUCUAGUCACAUUGCACAAUUAGCUUUUGAUUAUUUUAAAAUUCUCUUUCUCAGGAAGGUCAGUUAUAUAUUAUACAUUACUGUUGCUAUCAGCAUCUUAAAAGCCAGGGCUAGGUUGUAAUUUUCUAGGAGGAAAACUCUCUAUAUAGCUUUAUGACAUAUGACACUGUCUAAACCACCUUUACAGCCUAUGUCUAAAGAAAAUGGCUGCUGUGGUCUCUUCUCCCACUUAAUCCAUUCAUAUAAUGGUAGUGGGAGUUCUGAAAACUUAUCCAGGGAUAAAGAGAUUUGUUAAUUUUUAGGGAAUUGAGCAGGAGGGCAGUCUUUCAAUUUGCACUUUCUGAGCUAUAGGUCGGAUGCACUGAGUACAUUUACCCAUCAUAUUUACAAAGAAAUAAAUGGCAGAACCAAAGGUUUAGGACCAUGAUUCAUCAGUUUUCAGUGGGACAUGGGCACAUGCUGAAAGUAAAGCACGUAUUUAACUGCUUUGUUGAAUAAGAAUGUACUUAAGCACAUGCUUAAAUGCUUGGCUGCAUUGGGGAUUGGGCGAGUAGUUAUAGUCCCCCUCUGCAGCCAGCUGUUAUAAUACUAGAUCUUUUAAUUUAAAUAAUUUUGGUUAUGUAACCACCACAUCCUGUCAAAUCUUUUGAGUAAUGGGCCCAAACCAAGCCCCUGGAACGCAGGAAAGAUGAAAUCUGCCAACAUUUACAGUUUGAACUUUGGUUUAUAAUUCUCAUUAUUAUUAUUAUUAUUUACAUUAGAGUAGUGCUGAAAGGUCCCAAGUUGGGGGGAACCUGUCCCAUCAUGCUAAGUGGUACACAGUCCCUGCCCCAAGAACUUGCAGUCUAAAAGACAAGACAGAUAAGUAAUAAUAGACAACAAACAAGCAAAACAUUAAAGGUGAUGUUAGAUACACCUCUUGGGAAUAGCUAAGUUAGGCCCUGAUCCUACAAACACUGAUGCACAGCUGUAACUUUAGUCGUGAAAUUUCCAUCAAUAGAACUUUUCACGUGGGACAUCCAGGCUACCCCGGCUACAUUGCUAUAUUUAGCACACUAGCUCAAGCAUUGCAGAGCAAGUAUCUGUCUUCCCACACUUGUGGGGACUUGUCUUCAUUACGGGGUAAGUCAAUCUAAGUUACGCUACUCCAGCUAUGUGAAUAACGUAGCUGGAAUCAACAGCUUAAGUUGACUUACCCAAUGUCUUCACUGUGCUGCAUCGAUGGGAGAUGCUCUCCAGUCAACUUCCCUUACUCUUCUUGGGGUUAUCUUGUUUGGGUUAGUACUGCAUAUUACUUACCGUAUUAAUUUUGUAACAUGUCCAGAUCCCUUUUAUACAGUAAGAGGCUGAUACAAAUUGCAUGGAUCUAAAACAAUGUAAAUUUCCACCUGCAUAAAACCUUAAUUCUGACUGACUGCAACUUUCACAUCUCCAUCCCAAUUCUCUAAGUGACACAGUUUGAAAUACAUGGGAAUCAUAAGAGCUAACUCUUUCCAACCUGCCCAGUGGCUACCCUCACAUAUGUUUCUGAACUAAAAAUGAGACUCAUUUACAAAUAAGAGCUGUGUGUUGAAACUUGUUUAAUGUUUUAAAUACCAGUUGGGAGGAUGCUGCAGUGUAUGAUGUGCCCCUCUGCCAGUUUUCUAGAUUCAUGCCUUCAGAGCCUGUGUCCUCUCACUUUCCCAUCACCAACAUUUCUGUGAUGGAGGAGGACUGGGGCCAAGAUACUACUAUGAUGGGGACAUUUUAGAUUUGCAAAUAGCUAGAUUGGGACUCCCUUCAGAGGUAGAGAACACUUUUCAUUAAAUAGCAGUAGGGGUCACUGAUGAACCCCAUGAGGUGCUUCUUGCACCUCACCUUCUUUUUCUCUGUUCCUUUCCUUGAUUCCACUGCAUUCCUCCUGCAUCCUUUUGUUUCAAACAUGCUACCUGGCUACCACAUUAAACUGGGGAAUUGGGGUUGAGAGGCAGGGACCAUUUUGUUUAUGUGCUUGUAAAACAACUAGCAUGAUGGGACCUUGUCCAUAACUGGGACUCCUCUGUGCUACAGUAAUACUAAUAAUAAUUAAUACAAUGUCUUGACAGCAGGUUCAGGAAUUUUCAUUGCUGCAGCAUAGAAACUAUAACUAUUUUAUUAAGAUAAAGUCUAAGAGCCUUUAAAUCAGAGGUGGGCAAACUACAUCCUGAGGGUACAUCCAGCCCAUGGGACCAUCCUGCUGGCCCCCGAACUCCUGGCCCAAACUAGCCCCUAGCCCCUCCCCUGAUUUCCCCCCUCCCCUGCAGCCUAAACUCGCUCACUCUGCCGCCGGCGCAAUGCU